AAGAAGGGCUUCAUCCGGGCGAGGCCAAGCCACUGCCCCCGAGGCUGCCUGCAGCUGCGCCCGCCACUCCCCCAAGGCGAGCGUGCGAGGGGAGGGCUCCGGCCGCGGCUCUCCUCCUCCUCCUCCUCCCGGGCGUUCCCAGCGUGCCAGCCCGCCCGCCCUCUCCGCGAGCCGGGCCGGCCUCUGCCUCCGCCUCCCUCCCGCCCUUCUCGGUUCCGGCCACGGUCGAGAACCAGCGAGGGGGCUGAGGGGCUGGCGGAGCUGCGGGCGGCGCCGGGGCAGCGAGCGAUGCCGCCGCAGGCUGCGCGGGAGGGCGCAGGGCCCUGACACUGUUGAGCGCAGCGGGCGAUGGGAUGGACGAAGCUGAGCAGGACCAGUACGAAGCCCGUCUCAAGGAGCUCUUUGACAGCUUUGACGUCACGGGCACCGGUUCUCUGGGGCAGGAGGAGCUGACCGACCUCUGCCACGUGCUGCACCUGGAGGAAGUGGCGCCCGGAGCCCUGCAGCAGACGCUCCAGCCAGACGACCUCCUGGGCCGGGUAAACUUUGACCAGUUUAAAGAAGCACUCAUCCUCAUCUUAUCCAGGACAUUAAAAAAUGAAGAGUCCUUCCGGGAACCAGAUUCUUCUUCGGAAGCUCAGCCCAAAUUCAUCAAGGGCGGGAAGCGCUAUGGGAGGCGAUCCCUGCCAGAAUUCCAGAAAUCUGCGGAGGAGUUUGCGGAGCUGACGGUGAUUGAACCUCUGGAUGAGAAAGCCCGGCCUUCGCGCGUCUCCAGCAACGACCGCGACGAGCACUGGAGAUCCCAAGAUAGUGAAGAAUAUGAAGCUGAAGGCCAGCUGCGAUUCUGGAAUCCCGACGAUCUGAGUGCCUGCCAAAACGUCUCCCCGACUCAGGACUGGAUCGAAGAGAAGCUGCACGAGGUGUGCGAGAAUCUCGGCAUCUCGAGAGACGGCCACCUGAACAGGAAGAAGCUGGUCUCCGUCUGCGAACAAUAUGGCUUGCAGAAUAUUGACGCCCAGGUGCUGGAGGAUGUCUUCCACAGCCUCGGACACGAAGGCACUAUGAGCAUCGAAGACUUUUUCUACAGCCUGUUUAAAAUCGGGAAGCUUCUCCCACCAUCUGCCUCGACCCCAUACAGGCAACUGAAGCGGCAUCUUUCCAUGCAGUCUUUUGAUGAAAGUGGGAGGCGCACUAUCACACCAUCGGCAAUGACAAGUACAAUCGGCUUCCGGGUGUUCUCCAGUCUGGAUGAUGGUCUGGGUUAUGCUGAAGUGGACCAGAUCCUUGAUGCAUGGCAUGAAGAGGGAAUAGAGAACAGCCACGAGAUCUUGAAGGCCUUAGAUUUCAGCUUGGAUGGGAAAGUUAACCUGGCUGAGCUCACACAUGCCCUGGAAAAUGAACUUCUCAUCACAAAGAAUGGGAUCUAUCAGGCAACGCUGGCCAGCUUCAAAACAGAGAUCCGGCAUUUGAUGGAACAAGCUGACCAAGUUGCCAGGCAAAAGGAAAAGCUGCGAUUAGAUUUGGAGAAAGCUGAGAGAGUAAAGUCACUCAUGGCCUCUGAAGUAGAUGACCGCCACGCUGCCAUUGAACGCCAGAAUGAAUACAACCUGAGGAAACUGGAUGAGGAGUACAAAGAGCGCGUUGCUGCUGUCAAAAACGAGCUCCAGAAAGAGCGAGAGCAGAUCCAGCAGCAGGCGAGUAAGCAGAGAGCAGAGCUGGAAGAGGAGAUGGAGAACCUGAAAGCCGAAGGCAACGAACUCCGUGACCACCUUACUCUGACUCUCAAGGAAAAUAGUCGCUUGGAGAAGGAGCUCCUGGAAACUGGAGAGAAGCUGCUGAAAUCCGAAAGCAUGACGAGCAAAUUGCAGAAGAACCUGGAAAACGUGCUAGCGGAGAAGUUUGGCGACCUUGACCCCAGCAGUGCAGAAUUCUUCCUGCAGAAGGAGCAGCUGGCGCAAAUGAAGAAUGAAUAUGAACAGCAGUGCAGGGAGCUGCAGGACCAGAUAGAUGAGCUGCAGUCUCAGCUGGAGGCGUUCUGGACUCAGGGGAGAGUUGUGCGGCCUUCGCAGGAGGACUCGCUCUACAAGGAGCUGGCCAACGGUGGGGCAGAGGGCCAUCAAGGGCUUGGUUCGGAGGUCUGCAACCCACUGAACAUGAGCAUCGAAGCCGAAAUGGUCAUUGAGCAAAUGAGAGAUCAGCACCACCGAGAACUCUGCAACUUACAGCAGGAGCUGGAAAGCACGAUGCGCCAUUAUGAGAAACAGCUGGAGGAGAGCAGAGGCCGCUGCGACAAGGAGCAGGAGAACCUCCAGCGGAAAUACGGUCAAGAGCGGCAAGUCUUGGAACAGCAAAUGGACUGUCUGCAGCUCCAGGUUGCUGAGCUCCAGGAAGAGCUGGCCAGGCUCCGGCAGGAGGUGCAGGAGGUGGACUCCCAGCGCAGUGCAGAAAAGAGCAGCCUUCAGAUGUGCCUGGAGGAGAAGGCGAGCCUUGCAGAGCACCUGAAGCUGCAGCAUGAAGGCGAGCUCCAGGCCCGGCUGCAAGAAGCACAGGAGACUUUCAGCCGGGAGCGGGAAGAGCUGAUUCAGGCGGGGGUUUGGAUGGAAGAAAAGAUGGGGGCUCUAGCCCAGACCGUCCAGGAAGAGAAAGCAGAGCUAGAACACGGGUUCCAUGAGCAACUGCAAAGGAUGAUGGAGAAGCACGCCGUGGAGAAGGAGCAGCUCCGGCGAGAGCUGGGCGCAAAGCACCAGCAAGAGUUGCAGGAGGAGAGGACAAAAAAGGAAAGUGAAUGUAGUGGAAGAAUGUCUCGGGCAGAGGAGCAGUUUUCCAUCGACCGACAGGCACUUGCGAGCAAGUAUGGGGAGGCGAUCAAAGGCCUUGAGGAACGCUACAGGCGAGAGUUGCAUGAGCUCUCUGAGCUGCAACGUGAGGAGAAAUCCCAGUGGGAAUUUGAAAAGGAUGAAAUCAUCCAGGAAAGUGCUGAGGCCCAGGAGAGAUGGAAGGAAACCCUGGAGGAGGAGAAGGCUGUUUCUUCAGCACUCAUCCAAGAAAAGGAACUCCUGGAGAAGAAUUUCAAGGAGCACCUAAACUUCUUGUUAUUGGAGAAAGAGCAGCUUCAGAAAGAACUGCGGCAGGUGAAGGAUCAAGAGGCUGAACUGCAGGUGAGACUUCCGCACACUCAAGCGAGCCAUGAGCAAGAGCUUAAAAAGCGAGGAGAAGAGAUCUCUGCCAUCGAAGAAGAUCGGAAGUUGGCCACCCAAAAGCUUCAAAGGCUGGAGACUGAGUUUGGGCUGGAGAAAGAGGAGUUGGAGGCCAGAAUGGUCACCCUGGAGCGACUGAAGCAAGAGGCCCUUGACAGAGCGGCAGAAGAAAACCUACAACUGAAGCUGGAAGUCUCGACGCUUGAAGGCAAAAUGGCAAACCUGCAGCAGGAACUGCUUCACCUGUCCCAGCUGCAAAGAGAUGUUGCUCUUCUGAACAAAGGGGCAGAAGCACAGGGUAGGGAUUCUCCAGUGCCUGGAAAAAUCCAGGAGCCAGGAGAGGUGAGAGAUGGUCUUGUGAACCAGCAAAAGAUCCCGGAGCUAGCUGGUGGAGACUCAGCAGGUGUCUCUGCGAUAAGUCAGUUCCUGGAACAGCCAGAGGGAGAGUCAGCUCGGUUCCCUAGCUUCACCCCAUUGAUUCCAGAACUGGACUCACAACUCCAAAACACAAUAGAUCAUGACAACAGUCAAGUGACAGCAGAAGAUGAAAUUAAAGAGUCAGAUGGGAAUGCAUGUCUAGUGGUGGAAAUUGAAGGGACAAUAUUUGGAGACACCCUGGAGACUUCUUGCGGCAUGGAGAAGUCCUAUGAAGAGAUUUGGGCAGAGAAUGAAGCUCUUAAGCUUCAGCAGAGUCGGCUUCAAGAAAGGAUCAGCCUGCUGGAAGCGGAAUGUGACCGAGCAGCUCAUGAUCGUCAGGACAUGGCUUCCAAGGUCGAGAAGGAGCUCGAGGAGAUCCUGCAGACCAUCCCCAAGCCUCACGCCUUGCCCUGUAGAAGCGCAGAGAGUGUGGAAAUCUCCCAGAAAACAACUGACAGUGCAGAACUGCAUCCAGAUUGUCUAUCAGAAAACGAGAGACUCUUUGCUGAAGGUCUGGAGGGUGAACUGGACAGUGAGGAGAUGGGCAACUGUCUCCCACAGCUUGAGAAGAACCAUGGAGAAGCCAUUCAGACUGAGAAGGGAAAGCUGAAAGGUCUGGGGCCGGAGCUGUGGGAAAUGAGCACCAAGAGAGAGAAAAGCUCCAGAGUCCAGGCCAAAGUUCUGCUGUUGCCAGACGAACUCCAGCUGGAAAACCAGGUCCUGAAAGCCGAGAUGAUCAAGUUGUUUGAACGGAACAAUAAGCUCGAAGGGUACUUGCCAAGACUGAUGAGUUUGCAGGGCAGGGUAGAGGAAAGCAACCAAGAAAGUCAAAUGCUGAAAGCAGAAAAGGUGCAGCUGCUGGAGAGAGUCAGGGGGCUGGAAGAGAUCCAUGGCCAGUUUGCGGUGGAGAAUGCAGAGCUGCAGAGUAGCAAGUGGACUCUGCAAAGCCGGCUCGGGAAGCUGGAAGAGUUUGUGGCCGGUCUAAAAGUCCUGAAGGGCAGCAGACAGGGCCGCAGUGAGCAGGGAGGCAAAGAUGCAGAGGGCGAGAGGAAGGGCCUUCUGGAUCUGAACAGGAAGCUCAAAGAGAAAGUAGCUGCCCUGCUGAAGCAGAAGGGGACACACGCUCAGGAGAAGGACGACCUGAAUGCAGCACUUCAUGGCCUGCAGAACACCUGCAGCCAACAGCAGCAGAAGCUGGAGCACUUGAGAUGUGAGGUUGAGAAUCUCCGUGAAGAAAAUGCUGUUUUGAGGAAUGAAAUUGCCUUCUUGAAUGAGGAAGAGAGUAUUUCAAAUCUGCGACUUAGGGAGCUGAAUGGGUCUCGAGAAGAACUCUGGCAAAAGAUAGAGACGGUACGCAAAGAGAAAGUCGCGGUGCAGAAGAUGGCAGAAAACCUGAAGAAGCAGGCAUCCGAGCUGAAAGCCAGAAACCAGCAGCUUGAGUUGGAAAAUGCUGAACUUGGCCGAAAGAGCUUCCCUGCCCAGGCAGAUGGACAGGAACUUAACCAGCGGCUGCUGAGGGUCCUUCGGCAGCGGGAAAAGGAAGUGGGGAAGUGCAUGCCGGAAGAGUGGGAGAGAGAGAGUGCCUGCCUGAAAGAAGAGCUGGAGAACUGUAAAAUCCAGUCUUCAGCAGUGGUCUCAUCUUUGGAAACGCAGCUGUCCCAUCUGCAGGUCCAAGCCCACACCCUGGAGCAGGAGAACCACUUCCUGAAGCAAGAACUGGAGAAGGUAAAGCAGCUGCCCAGGUGUCCAGACCUCUCCGACUUCCAGAACGAAAUCUCCAGUGUCCUUGUGAAGAAUGAGAAGCUCCUGAAAGAGAAGGAAGUCCUCAGUGAAGAGCUGAACAGAUGUGUGGAGAAGGUGGCAAAAGUAGCCUUCUUGGAGAACCUUGUUGCUUCUUUGAAGCAGGAAAAGUUGUCGUUGGAGCACCAGAAUCAGUCUCUGAAAACACAGGUUGCAGUCUCACAGGACAAGAUUCAGAAUUUUGACGAUGCCAUACAGAAUGUCAACCUUCAGAUGUCGAGGCUUAAGUCAGACCUCAGGGUGUCCCAACAGGAGAAAGAAGCUCUGAAGCAGGAAGUGAUGUCAUUACACAAACAACUGCAGACAGCCAAUGACAAGAGUCGGGUUCUGGAACUGGCCGUGCAUCCCGCAGGGCUGCAGAGCCAGCAGAAGAAGCUCUGCUGGGAGGGGCUGGAUCGGCUGGUCAAGCAGGAGCAACAGCUGCUGCGGCAGGAAAACGAGAGGCUCCAACGGGAGGUUCAGGGCGCCAAGUCAGAUCUGUCUCAUUCCAGGGAGAAGGUACGACAAGUGGAAUCCUCUAUCUUGUCCCUGAAGCACCAAAAACACCAAAGCCAGUCAGGGGUGGUGAAGGCCAUCGAGCAAGAGAAACUCAGCCUGAAGAGAGAAUGUGAGCGGCUGCAGAAGGAGCUGGCUUCCGCUCAUAGGAAGAUCAGCCAGAUGAAUUCGCUUGAGCAUGAGCUGGAAACCAUCAGUUUGGAAAAUGAAGGCCUAAGGAAAAAACAAGUAAAACUGGAAGAACAGCUGAUGGAGCUGCUUCACUCGAGCUCCAGCCUGAUGCUUAGCCCCUCCCAGCAUCCGCGCGAGCUGCAAGGCUGUGCCUCGGUCCCCUGGGAACAGUACCAGCAGCUCCAGCAGCAGUUCGCGCAGGCCGAGCGGAGGAGUCAGCACCUGCAGGAGGAGCUGGACAGCCGGCCCUUGGAAACCAACAUGCCACAGGAUGGACAUCAGCAGCGGCUACAGGCCAUGGAGAAGCGCAUGAUGGAUGUUGAACAGCAGCUGCAGCUUGUGAAAAGACUCCUCCAAGACAAAGUCAAUCAGCUGAGAGAACAGCUUGCAAAGAACACGAGAGCUGAUGAAAUGGUGAAGGACCUCUAUGUCGAGAACGCCCAGCUGCUGAAAGCUCUGGAGACGACGGAACAGAGGCAGAAAACCGUGGAGAAGACCAACUACUUGCUAGAAGAAAAGAUCGCCAAUCUCAGCAGGAUAGUCAGGAACUUGACCUCACCGACUUUGGGUUCCACAGCCCAGUUAGGGUCUUAGCAAAGCCAUGCCUGCCAGAAGGCCUCUCGCAUGCUCCUGCACUUUAUGGGAAUGUGGCCAUGUCUGCUCUUUGAAUGCUGCCUAGUCUGAGUAACUGAGGAUGGCUGUGAUCAGGACGCUCCAUGCUCUGCCCCAAGGAAAGUGCCAUUCCACUCCCAGGUGUGCCUGAAUAACCGCAGUGUGUGUACACUGCUCUGUCUGGUGCCUUAACUACUCCCUGUUCCAGUUUAGGACUGGGGCGGGGGGGGGUAAGCAGAGUGUCAGUAGCAUGGCCAGCAUGCAGCUUGCCCAAGGGUCCUUCCAGACCUCAGUCAGGGCCGGGCAUCGCUUAAUGGAACCAAUGUCCCUGGGCCCCUGAGGGAGAGAAAUCCGCAGGUUGGGUGGCAACUUGCUCUCCACUUCCCCUCUUCCAAAAUAAGGCAGGGGGGGCAGGGGACCAUCUUCACUACCUCCCACCUUGCUUGGGUCCUUGCAAAGCGAAAGGCCGUGCAGUGGGCCCCGUCUGUCAAAAGCCUUCAUCCCCGCCGCAAAAGAGUUCUGGAGGGAGGAGGCUUAUUUCGUCAUGGUGGGCUCCAGAAAAGUCUCCGUUGAUCUUUCCAGACAAUGGGAGACCCUCUAUAGGACUCCAGAAGAAAGGAGAGGAGGAGGACCCUGGUGGUGCGAGCUCACAGAGCCACCUCUUUGCCCAAGAACCUCCCCACAGAGCCUGGAGCUGAUCCACCCCAUCAGUGUGGCAGGAAGGGGACAAGCAUGUGCAGGUGUGGACGUCUCUAGGCCAGGGGCUCCCAACCCUGGCUUCCCAGAUGUUGUUGGAUUACAACUCCCAUCAUCUCCAGCGACAACGGCCGAAGGCCUUGGAGGUGUAGGCAACAAUAUCUGGGACCCAGGGCGGAGAGCAGGCUGGGCACAGGGAUGAAGUGGCCGUUUCAGAAGUGCAGGAGGCGCUCUCCAGGACAGCCCCCAUGGCCAUGGCCACCCCAACAGCCCGAGAAGUGUCAGUGCUCCAUCCUUGUGUGCCCCCCCUCCACGACACCCCACUGGGGCAUUAGAGCAGAGACCCCAAGGUCCCUGCUUCUUGCCCCUGCUGCUUCGGUCUGAAUCGGCAUAAGGCAGCUUCCUAUGCUUGGGGGGCGAAGCCACUGCUCAGUGGGGAAAGCAGAAAGCCUUGCAUGUAGAAGCCCCCAAACAGGGGUACUCCUCAUACUUGGAUCCCAGUUGCAGCACUAGACAAACAUUGGGGGGGGGAGGGCAGAGAGGCACAGAACAGGCAAAGUGCACUUCUGGGUGGGCAAGCUGUGUCCCAUGAUAGAUUUCAGAAAGAGAUGGGGGGCAGCUACUUGCCUACUCUUGUCGUCCCCCCUUUGUUGGGUCCCUCAGUGUUCUUGAACAUCUGGCCAUUGUGGCUGGGGAUGGUGGGAGUUGUAGUCCAACAGCACCUGGGAACCCCAGUCUGAGAACCCCUGCCUUCACAUUUUCUCAGGUGAGCACAGCUUAAAAGCCACCAAAUGACACAGCGGGGAAAUGCUUGACUAACAAGCAGAAGGUUGCCGGUUCAAAUCCCUGCUGGUACUAUAUUGGGCAGCAGCGAUAUAGGAAGGUGCUGAAAGAAAGGCAUGAUCUCAUAUUGCGUGGGAGGAGGCAAUGGUCACCCCCUCCUGUAUUCUACCAAAGACAACCACCGGGCUCUGGGCACCAGGAGUCAACACCGACUCGACAGCACACUUUACCUUUAAGUACAACUUGGGGACAGCACCUGAGGCCCUGGGGAACUACUGCCAGCCAGAGUAGACCAUACUGGGCUGGAUGGGUUGAAGUUCUGACUCAGUUCAAGCCAGCUUCAUAUGACCGCCAAAGCCCCAGGGGCCUGGGCUGCAGCUCAGUGGUAGAGCGUCUGCUUUGUGUGCAGAAGGUCCCCGGUUCACUCCUGGCAGCACCUCCAGGCAGAGCUGGGAGAGACUCCUGCCUGGAACCUUAGAGAGCUGCUGCCAGUUAGUGCAGACAAUCCUGAACUAGAUGGACCAGAGGUCUGACUCAGUAGAAGGCAGCUUCCUUCCUGUAGUCCUGUGUCCAUGAGCUGCAUGGCUCAGAAGGGGCCUCUCCACAACAGAAGGCUUGUAGAUCCCCCAACCCCCCACACUCAGGCAUAUCUAGCAACCUGGUCUUUUUCAUCUCCACCCCAGUGACUUUUUACAUUCUCAGGAAUCCAAAGUCCUUUUUCAAAGAAAAAGAACUGCCUUGACUGCCAUCUCAAAACAUAGUCUGUGGUGAAUGCUGGACUCUCAAGUUAUGUGGCCUGUUGGCCUGACUUUCCAGUGGCUCACACAACCAUGGGAGGAGAGCUGGUCUUGUGGCAGCCAGCAUGACUUGUCCCCUUAGCUAAGCAGGGUCUGCCCUGGUUGCCUAUGAAUGGGAGACUAGAAGUGAGAGCACUGGGAGAUAUUCCCCUUAGGGGAUGGAGCCGCUCUGGGAAGAGCAUCUAGGUGCCAAGUUCCCUCCCUGGAUUCUCCAAGAUCGGGCUGAGAGACAUCCCUGCCUGCAACCUUGGAGAAGCUGCUGCCAGUCUGUGAAGACAAUACUGAGCUAGAUGGGCUUAUGGUCUGACUCAGUAUCAGCGGCGGAGCCUGACUGCCGCUGGCCUGUUUGCGGCCGCGGCAGUGCCCCUGCUGACCCUGCGUCUGAUGUCAGAUGCAGAAGUUAGCCACACCCCCGCAUCUGACCUUGAGGCUCCGUUCGGGAGUUGGCGUUUAACUCCCGAAGGGGCCGUGCGGCCCCCACUCGGGAGCUAAAUCUGCACCCCCACGUCUGACGUCAGAUGCGGGGGGUGUCAGGGCCGCGAGGCAUGGCCCCUGAUUGGGUGCGGCCCGGGUUCUUUGAACCUGUUGGCCCAAUGGUGGCUCGACCCCUGCUCAGUAUAUGACAGCUUCCUAUGUUUCUAAGAGAACCACUUGAUUCACUGUGAUUUAAACGUACUCCAGGGCUUUAAAUAUCUGUGUUUGCAUUAUUUUAAUAUAUAAACUCUGAACACCCUGAUCCUCCCAACGACAUUGUACCACUGCGAUGGAGCGGGGUGUGUAGUCAUUAGACAUCCCCUCCCCACACCCUAUCUGCUCUAGGAUGGUGAUCUGUUGUGCUUGGAUUCAGGUAAACGCAGGAGUUCUUAGACGUGGGUCCCCAGAUGUUGUUGGACUUCCACUGCCAUGAUCGAGCUGAAGUCCAACAACAUCUGGGUUUGAAGAUCCCUGGAGUAAAGGAUUCCAGCCCCUCCUCGAGUGUGAUCAGCUCUGCUGGCACAGGGCAUUGGGAGCAGGGAUGUUGCUAGCUUCUUAAAAGACUUGGGCCCUGGGCCCACAGCCUCCCUUUUGAGAAUUAAACUCAUACCCCUCCAAGAAUAAUUGCGUAUGUUUUUUGAAGUCUCCAGUAUUAUACCAUAGCAUCUAUGAAAGUGAAAUCCCUAGCAAACCAGGCAAGGCGAGGAGCUCUCUAACAAAUUUCAGUCUUGUCCAUCAUCGCCUUGGGAUAAGUUUUAUGAAAAGCAGUAUAGAAAUAUAACAAACAAUAAAUAAAUACAACAAAA